ACUCUAUUCUUCUUUUACUCUCUACUUUUCAAGCCCUUUCCUUUUCACCUUUUCGUCUUCUCCUCUCCUCCCAAGUCCGAACCCAUUUUUUCUAUCCAAUGUGAUCAGAACCAUUCUCUCUCUCCCUUUUCAUUCUCCUUUUCUCUCUCUUUUCCCUGCGAUUUUCGGUCAAUGUCGCACUCGGACUUUGAGCCGGUGUUCUCCGCGGGUCAGGCCAGGCCAUGGCGACCCGACGAUCUUCUCAACGGGGACGGUGCGGCCAGAGCGGCGUCGUACGGCGGCGGCGUUCCGGUGUAUUCGAGCGUCAAUGCGAUGAAGCCGGAGGGAGUCCGCGAGCACGUGAGGGAGUUCGCGGCGGCGGCGGCGGAGAUGGCGGUGGAGUGCGGCAAGGGGUGUAGGGAUAUUGUGAGGCAGAGCUUGGGGAAUCGGGACUCGUUCGUCUUCCGAAGCUUCGAGAAGGUGAAGAAGUCGUACUUUGGGAAGAGAGUGACGAAGCUGCGCGGGAAGCUGAGCUUUGUGAAUGAGUAUUUGCCGGAGGAUAAGGAGCCGGUUCAUGCUUGGUCUGUGAUUCUGGUCGUCGCCGUUCUGGCUUUUGCAGCAUUGAUUCUGAAUAUGGAAACUACUCCUACCACUCCAGAGGUAGUGAAGAAGGUAUACAUACAUCCUGCUAGUGCUGCCCGCGUAAUGCUUCCAGAUGGUAGAUACAUUGCAUAUAAGGAGCAAGGAGUUCCAGCUGACAGAGCUAGAUUCUCAAUUAUUUCUCCACAUUCUUUUCUUUCCUCCAGGCUUGCAGGAAUACCGGGACUUAAGGCUUCACUGUUGGAAGAGUUUGGCGUUCACUUAUUGACAUAUGAUCUUCCUGGAUUUGGAGAGAGUGAUCCUCAUCCCAACAGGAACCUUGAAACUUCAGCAAUGGAUAUGUUGCUCUUAGCUGAUGCUGUUGGUGUUAAUGACAAGUUUUGGGUUGUUGGAUACUCGAGUGGAAGCAUGCAUGCUUGGGCAGCACUCAGAUACAUUCCUGAUAGACUUGCAGGUGCUGCCAUGUUGGCUCCAAUGGUUAAUCCAUACGAUUCAAUCAUGAACAGGGAAGAGAGACGUAGAACCUGGAAAAGGUGGACAGGAAGAAGGCAACUUUUGUACUUUUUAGCUAGGAGAUUUCCCAGAUUUCUUUCUUUCUUCUACCAGCGGAGCUUCUUAUCUGGAAAGCAUGGACAAAUCGACAAAUGGCUGUCUUUGUCACUGGGGAAGAGGGAUAAGGCUUUAAUAGAGAGUCCAAUCUAUGAAGAAUUCUGGCAAAGGGAUGUUGAAGAGUCAAUUAGGCAGGGAAGUGCAAAACCUUUUGUGGAGGAAGCUGUUUUGCAGGUAUCGAAUUGGGGUUUCAGCCUUGCAGACCUCAAAUUGCAGAAGAAGCAACAAAGAAAAGGAAUGAUCAGUUGGCUCAAGUCUGUGCUCAGUGCAGCUCAGGAGGAAUAUAUCGGCUUCCUUGGACCAAUACACAUAUGGCAGGGGAUGGAUGAUAAGGUGGCGCCACCAUCAAUGACUGAUUUCGUGCACAGGAUUUUACCAGGAGCUGCUGUACAUAAGCUCCCCUAUGAGGGCCAUUUCACCUACAUCUACUUUUGUGAUGAAUGCCAUAGACAGAUAUUCACUACACUUUUUGGAACACCACAAGGGCCAAUCAACAUUGCCACAGAAGUGGAUCAAAGUCCUCUCCAAGUUCAUGCCGAAGAACAGGAGGAGAUAACACUUGGUGAUUCGGUUCUGGCACGAGCUGAGACAUGAUUAUCUAGUUAGUGCAGAGAGGAACAUGUAUAUACCAUAGGGUGCUCCGUCACACAUAGAGAGUUAACAAAAAGGAAAAAAAUGAAGAAAAAUAGUAUGAACGAACAACUUCAACAUCGUAAUGGUCUCUGGUUUUAA